AUGUCAACUCCCUCAUUGCCGGUGAUACCACCUCGUCCGUCCAGGUCCCCCCGGGCCCUUGGACCGGACGUCCCCUCGAUCCCGCCUCGCCCCAGCAACCGUCACUUCGAGCGCUCGGUUUCUCCUUCCAGAGACAGCUAUGCGCCCUCGCCCUUGAACGGCCCUCCGUCCCUCUCGAGAACGACCUCGCAGGACCUGCCCGCGCGUCCGCCCAGCGUGACCAUUCCCUCGCUCGGCGAGGAGGGCAUCGAGUACGAGGAGCUCGCCGCUGUCCCCGCCGAAACCAGAAACGUGGGCAGCGACCUGAAGCUGCACGCCCCCAAGCCGUCUCUCCCAACUUCAAGUGCAAAUGCGAGAGUCCAGGCCGUCACUCGCACCGACUCCAGUGAGGCCGUUGCCGCCGGUUUCGGGCAAUCGCAGUCGCCUGCUCUCGACGAGGAUCAGCGCAGUCGCUCCUUGCACUCCAAGCCCAGUGCCUCGCGUGCCGACUCCUCCAGAGCCUCAAGCACCAAUCGCCGCCAGUCCCUCGAGGAGCAAGGAAUUCCCGAGAUCGGACAGCGCGUGCCUAUGCUGGCCUUUGCCGGCGACGUGCAAGCUCCAUCUCCCGCUCCGCCGCGCUCUACUUCGGCUACGGGGAACCGCGUUUCACGCCACCACCAUCGCACUCGCAGUGGCCGCGAUGUGAUUCUUCCUCCAGGUAGCUAUGGUCUUCACGGCCAUGGCGUUCCAUCCGGCGACAAGUUCGAAAAGGCCUGGUACGACAAACACCCGGAUGAAUAUGCUCGCGAGGAGCAGGGCCAAUAUGGUCCCGCAAUUGCUCCACGCCCCGACUGGGCUUUGAGCAGCGAUGAUCUCAACCGUAUUGUCAAGAGCAAGGAAAACGUUCCAGAGGCUGCCCUAGAUAAUUCUGGUACCCCAGAGGAAGAGGUUGGCUAUAUCGCAACCGAAGAAUACAACCGCUUGGACUCUCAGCCUGUGGCUGAAUCUCCGCUCCGUCAGGCCAAUUUCCCAACUACUGAACUGCGCCGAACCCAGAGUAUGCAGUCAAAUGCCAGUAGUGACGCUGCCGGCCGUACCAUCCACAUCGACCACCCUUACCAUUCUGCUCACCACCCCGACGGCUAUGCCCAAACCCCAGAACCACAUCUGUCCCAUGAUUUCGACGACGACGCAGCCAAUGAUGACGAACCUAUUCUUGCCACCGACGAAGUCCGCCCCGGGUCCGCUUAUCUUCAUCCUGCCAUAUCCCCUAGACGCACGAGCUCAGAGUUCCACGACAUAGAGCGUUUCCAGAGUCGCACUCCUAGCGCACCCAACAGUCGACCCAGCAGUCUCCACGGCGCUCCAGCCGGUCUCGCUCGUUGGAACUCACGUAGUGAAGAGCCGGAAGAUGUUCAUACCCCGUUAGAAGAUGUCGAGGAAUAUGAACCGCUUUUCCCUGAAGACGAGAAGUCGGGCAAGGCGGUGUCCGCUGCCGAGCGUUUCAAGAAGCGCCCAGAGUUGGCCAAGCAGCGCUUUCCUAGUCAAGAUAUCUGGGAAGACACGCCGGAUAGUUUGCAGCUGCAUACCAGUGUGACAACCCCGGACUUGCCAGAAGGUCAGCUAUCAUCGAAGAAAUUCGAAACUCCAGAAGCGGAAGAGAAGCGCAGGAAACAGGCCGAACAAGUCGACUCACACCAAGUGGCAUCCCAUAUUCUCAAUUCACGCGGUGUUCAGGGCCAAUCCAGAGCACGACCCGACACACUCAAGCAUCGCUUUCCAAGUCAAGACAUCUGGGAAGAUGCUCCCGAAAGUCAGCAGCUCGUCACGACCGUCGAGCCUACUGAGCCUGAAAUAAAGAGCCCUGAUGAGGCUCAGCCUUCAAUUCCUUCCCGCCCUUCUAUACCUAGCAGACCUCAGAGAAUUUCGAAACCCGAAACAUCGACCGACGAGAAAAAAGCCCCCGGCAUACCGGAACGCCCUAAGCCGUCGAUUCCAGCACGCCCAUCAAAAGUUGCCUCCCGGGAUUUGCAAGAGAACGCCGGAGCGCCCCCAGUCAGCAAAGCAAAGCCGGCUGUUCCUGCCCGCCCUGCUGGUGGCAAGCUUGCCGGUAUCAAAGCAAAUUUCCUGUCAGACUUGAAUUCCCGCCUCCAACUCGGCCCACAAGGUCCCAAGCCUGCUGAGAAGAAGGAGGAAGCACCCGAAGAGAAGACGCCACUCGCUGAUGCGCGCAAGGGGCGUGCUCGUGGUCCCGCCAGGCGAAAGCCAGCCGUCGCCAAAGAGGCCAAACUGCCAUCGAUACCAGAAAUCCGCAUCAUGGACGCCUGGAACGUGUGGGAGGUCGGCGUUGAUGGAAAUCUGUCAGUCAACUUGCCAGAAAAAUCCGGCGUGAACGUGGAUGAGAAGCCUGUUACUGUUGAUAUUUCUUUGGACUCUGUCGACAACACAAUGGCACCUCCGAUUGCAAAAAACGUGGCUGGAGAGCCGACAGAUCCUGUUGCAACCUCCAACACGGAGGGAAAAACGCAAGCCCCCGAGGCUGCCGAUGAGGUGGAAGAAGAAAAAGUCGAGGAAUUUACAGAUGGUGCCCUCGAGGAAUCCCAGGAUGAACCAACCACGACAGAAAGCACAAAUCAAGCUGAAGCUGAGCCCGAGUCUGCACCUGUAAUUGAUCCCACUGCUGUGGGUGAGGUACACGAUUCUUCCCCUUCAAAGGAGAUCCCAGAGUCAGAACCUUCCCUUGACAAAGAUAUUUCAGAAAAUGCCAUUGAACAACUCGCCGCAGUCGCCGAUGGCAAAAAGCCAUCGGAUGGUUCGGUAGAGUAG